AUGGCAGAUCUUCGAACACAGGAAAUCAAGAAUCCUAUAGAUGUCGCUGAGUACCUCUUCAAACGCCUCCACGAAGUCGGCGUCCGCUCAGUCCAUGGUCUACCAGGAGACUACAAUCUUGUAGCUCUUGACUACAUCAAACCUGCCGGCCUCCACUGGGUCGGAAACUGCAAUGAGCUGAACGCCGGAUACGCCGCCGACGGCUAUGCACGUGUCAAAGGCAUUUCCGCCAUCGUGACGACGUUCGGCGUGGGCGAGCUUUCCGCAGUCAACGCCAUUGCGGGCGCGUAUUCCGAAUACGUGCCCAUUGUGCACAUUGUCGGCUAUCCCACCACAGCGGCCCAGAAGAACGGACUUUUGCUUCACCAUACGCUCGGCAAUGGAGAUUUCAACGUCUUCUCCAAGAUGUCGACUCAGAUUUCGUGCGCAGUCUCCAUGCUGAACCAGCAGCAUGAAGCGGCUACCUUGAUCGACAAUGCGAUUCGCGAAUGCAUCCUGCAAUCGAGGCCCGUUUACAUCGCCCUGCCCACGGAUAUGGUUCAGAAGAAAGUCGACGGCGAUCGGCUCAAGACACCCCUUGAUUUAGCUUACCCUUCGAAUGACCCCGAGAAAGAGGACUACGUUGUAGAUGUAGUCCUCAAAUAUCUCCAUGCAGCCCGCAACCCCGUCAUCCUAGUGGACGCGUGCGCGAUUCGCCACCGAGCAUUGGAAGAGACACACGAAUUCAUUACCAAGUCCGGCAUCCCUGUCUUUGUCGCGCCUAUGGGCAAGGGUGCCGUGAACGAAACCUUGCCUAACUAUGGUGGUGUUUACGCGGGCGAUGGCAGCAACAAGGGUGUGCGUGAGCGUGUGGAAUCCGCGGAUCUCGUAAUCUCCAUUGGCGCUAUCAAAUCAGACUUCAACACUGCUGGCUUCACGUACCGCGUCUCCCAACUGAACACCAUCGACUUCCAUAGCUACGGCAUCAAAGUGCGGUAUUCCGAAUACCCAGGUGUGCGGAUGAACGGUGUUCUGAAGAAGGUUACAGAGAAGCUGGGCAAACUUAACAUCGAGAGCGGACCGAAGCCGGACAAUGAGAUACCAAAUGAUGAGGUCAAGUCGCCGGAGCCGACCAUCACACAAGCGUGGUUCUGGCCACGCCUAGGCCAGUGGCUUGAGAAGAAGGAUAUCGUGAUCACCGAGACUGGUACGGCGAACUUCGGUAUUUGGGAGACGAGGUUCCCGGAUGAUGUGAUUGCCAUCUCGCAGGUCCUUUGGGGCAGUAUCGGCUACGCCACGGGCUCAUGCCAGGGUGCCGCUCUUGCCGCGAAGGAGAAGGGCAUCAAGCGCACGAUCCUGUUCACGGGCGACGGUUCAUUCCAGCUCACUGCGCAAGAAGUCAGCACGAUGCUUCGCAACAAAUUGAACCCCAUAAUUUUCGUCAUUUGCAACAAUGGGUACACGAUUGAAAGAUUCAUCCACGGCAUGGAAGACCCUUACAAUGACGUACAAGAGUGGAAGUACAAGGACCUGCCAGCAGCGUUUGGCGCACCAAAGGAGCAGUAUUUGACCUACCGAGUGGAAACGAAGAAGCAGGUAGAAGAGCUGUUCAUGGACAAGGAGUUCUCGAGCGGCGACACCCAGAAGCUGCGCUUCGUCGAACUGGUGAUGCCAUGGGAUGACGCGCCUGCAGCACUGAAGUCCACGGCAGAAGCAGCAGCAAAGAGGAACGCCGAGGCUUCGUAA